AUGAAGUCAAAGUCGGCGGAGGAAAAGCCGAGGUCGACGGCUGCGGAGGAUUUCACGAAGUAUAAGACCGCUGCGGACAUCGUGAACAAUGUGAUGAAGCAGCUCGUCGAGCUCUGCGUCGAGGGCGCGAACGUCCUUGAGCUAUGCGUCAAGGGAGAUGAGUUGAUCGAGCAAGGCACGGGAUCUGUCUUCAACAAACCGAUCAAGGGGGUAAAGGUAGCCAAAGGAAUUGCCUUCCCGACGUGUAUAUCGAUAAACAACUGCGUCGCACAUUUCUCUCCACUCGCAUCCGAUCCCGCAUCGUCACAAACUCUCGCAAAGGAUGACGUUGUGAAGCUUCAUCUGGGCGCACACAUCGAUGGAUUCGCGUCCAUUGCGGCAGAGACGCUCGUCGUGGGUGCGAGUGCGGAGAACCCUGUUACGGGCCGUCGAGCGGAUGCUAUCAAGGCUGCUUGGCAUGCAGCAGAGAUCGCGAUGCGUUUAGUGAAGGUUGGGAAUAAGAAUUGGGCAGUGACGGAAGCUGUGAAUAAGGUUACUGCUGUUUGGGGGUGUAAAGCUGUUGAGGGCAUGCUAUCAUGUCAACAGACACAAAACGUCAUUGAUGGCAAGAAAAGAAUUAUCCUUAACCCUAGCGAGCAGCAAAAGAAGGACUUUGAGGCGAUCACGUUUGCGGAGGAUGAGGUGUGGGGGAUAGAUAUCCUGGUUUCGACCGGCGAAGACGGGAAGGCCCGCACCGAAGAUACAAAAGCAACAGUCUACCAACGAGAUCACACCAUCACAUACCAACUAAAGAUGAAAACCUCCCGAGCGGUAUUUUCGGAAGUCCAAAAGAAAGCCGGUGCAUUCCCGUUCAAUAUUCGUGUAUUGGAGGAUGAGAAGAGGGCACGGAUGGGUCUUCAGGAGGCGUGUCAGCAUGCGUUGGUGAAGCCGUAUGAUGUGAUCUACACCCCACCGGAAACCUUCGUUGCUGCGUUCCACUUCACCAUCGCCUUACUCCCCGCCGGGCCAUCGCUCAUCACUCACCCUCCUGUAUGGUACAAGCCUGAACUCGUGAAGACCGAGAAAGAGUUAGAAGAUGAGGAGCUGAAGGAGUUACUUACGAGGAAGCUACGCGAAGAUAAGAAAAAGAACAAGAAGAAGGCGAAUGGAGAGGGCGAGGCGGAGUAA